AAUACAAUACAUUUUAUGAAUACAUUACAUCAACUGCGUGCUAUGUAGGUCUCCCCGAAAGAACAUUUCAUAACUAGUUCCCAGUCUUCCCCGAGCAAAAUCAGAAAUUGCUUGAGAAAUUGCCAAGUAAUGUCUAUCUUUUUUAUGAAAAGUGACUCCAGACAUCAUCACUUGAUUCAGGGAUACAAAAGUGCAAUUCUUCCUUUCGGUUGCAUUGCUACAUGUCGAGAUGGUCGGUUAACUCGGUUGCAGUUUUAAAAAUACACGAACGUUAUACUUUCGUAUGGUCUUUGUGAAAAUUGAAAACAAAAGGGAACUCCUAGUGCUUUAUUGAAGGUUUAUAACUACCAAAGCAAUUGAUCAUACCGUCUUAAUUGCCUCGUGUGUGUGUCUUACCAUGAAGAAGUAUGGUUUAUAGUGAGAACAGCAGACGGCUCAGCAUUCAAAAUGAUUGCCAUCCAAACCUUUGCCCUUUUGUUCUAUUUACAGCUUGUUCAUACAGGUUGUAAUUCUCUUGCGAACAUAGUGUAUGUUUCGAAAGCUAAAGGUGUAAACAGCCCAUGUGGUACUAAAGUUUCACCUUGUAAAACUCUUCCAAUUGGAUUUGACAAGCUUUCAAAUGGUGGUCAACUGUACGUUGAUGGCACAGGAACUGACAUGGAUCCCUAUACUUGUGAAUCAAACGGUGGAAGACUUCUUUUGAAGAAAGGCUUCGAGAUGAAAAGUUACAAGAACCAUGCCCAAAUCUCUUGUAUAGAUGGAAUAGUAAUCCAGGCUAAUGAACAAAACCCUUUUAGAAUCACAAUCAAAGGGAUACGAUUCGUCAAAACACCCAUUGUUUUAGAAGAUGCAACCGCUUCAUUCAACGACUGCGUGUUCACGGAAUCAUCACCAGCCUUAAAAAUAAACAUUUCCAAACAAUCUAAGUAUGUACUAAAUGUCAGCAGUUCUGUAUUCAGAAACAACUCGGGCUGUAUACAUACAUACACUGAAGAUAGUAUAGGAGUGUCUAUAAAUCUACAUGAUGUAUUGUUCCAAGAAAACUCAGCACCAUAUGUGGCGGAUGGAAAGUCUAGUGAUGGAAUAGUCAGCAUUCAAGGUUCAAGAUGCCGGCCAUGUUCAGGUGCAAAAGUGGCAUCAUUCUGGAGCAAAGUUACGAUUAUGAACAAUCAAGUUUCUCCAAAAAGAAAUCGUCGAAAGACGGAUAAAACUAGCAACCAUUCCCCACCGGGAACCGCAAAUUUUCUUAAAGUUCAUGCGAAAAGUAUAAACCUUAGUUUAUGGCAAGUAAGCAGUCACAACAACAGUGGCUUGAGAUUUUUAAAGUCUAAUUGCUUUAUUAAUGUCAUAAAGGUGGGCGAAGCGCGCUUCGAUGGUCACGUGGUGGACACAUUUGGAGGUGUUUUCUAUAUAACAUCAUGUAAAAAAGCCAAAAGCAUUGCUAAUGUGUCUGUACAAAAUUCAAUUUUCACAAGAAAUGUGGCUUCUAGUGGUGGAGUCAUGCAUAUCAACGCUACACAGAUGGUACAUCUGAGAAUCAUCAACACCAGGAUUUCACAGUCUUUUGGUACGAGUAACGGGUGCGCAGUCUGUGUUGGGAACCCCACCAACCGUAGGACUCAUAAUUUGGUUGAAAAGCUCUUUGUGGAAUUCAAAAAAGUCGAAUUGAAGGCAUGCCAUUUGCGAAAACCAAGAAUUUCAAAAUCUAACAAUAACAAACAUUUCCCUGCGACAGUGUAUCUUGCAGCAGAAAGGAUUUUGCAAGUCAAUAUUUCAAGCUCGGAGAUUUUGAACAAUUUGAACUAUUAUGGACCAACUUUAGCCAUCGAGCACUUACCUCACCGUCCUAAAUAUUAUCAUUCUCUGAGAGUGUUUUUAUUCAACACAACAUUCACUGGAAAUAUCUCGCCCGUUAAAAAGGCUGCUGUGCUUAAUAUCCAUGUAUUUCGUCCAAAAACCCUGAAAACAUCUGAAGCGAGAAUUGUGAAUUGCAGUUUUAAUAAUAACUCUGGAUUGGCGCUAAUGGCUCAUAAUAUUCCAAACGUAAUUGUUGAUAAACUACACUGCUGGAAUACCACCAAAGGUAUUUACUUCUUUAUAAAGAAAAUUCCUAAUAUAACAUUAAGAAUAUUGAACUCUGUUUUUACAAAAAAUGAUUUACCAUUCAAAAUUACUCUGCAUGAUGCGGAGGUUGUCAGGAUUUUAAUCCAAAGAAGCAUAUUAAACGAAAACCAAAUUAAAAUUCACCAUGAGCCUAUCAUGGUUUUUAUUGGUUUCAAGAAUCGAGGUUCUUGUAAACGAUCAUUAAAAAUCAAUUCUGGUGAACUUGUAGUCGACCAAGUGAAUUUUACAUCCAAUAGGCUUUUACGGAACAGUCUUUUGGCCAUUGUUGUCUCCAAGUGUGGGAAGCUCUCAGCAGUUAUCAAGAAUUCGCUGUUCAAGGACAAUGUACAAAAGAAUAUAGAUAACCGUACCAUGGAAAACAAAUUGAUAGAACUUCGGAUGCCUGAUGAUCCACUUCGAAACAAUAACUGCACCACAUUUCCGAUCUAUGAUUUUAGUAACACUAUUACUUUCCAAGACGUGAUCUUUGAAAACAACACAUGUUACUCAUCUCUACUGUACAUUAUUAACGGGAAAACAUCAUUUCGACGAUGCGUUUUCAAGGAUAAUUUCUCACGUGAGCCAACUAUAAGCUCUUACAUCUUCGUGGAAAUCGGAACCGCAAGUGUGGAGUUUCAUAAUUCAACUUUCAGUCACUCAAACGUUAAACUGUUUCCUCGCAAGAAUUUUGUAAAUCCACUUAUUAAUCCACCAAAGAUAAUGCCUUUUGUUUACUUCUCCGGAACAGGUCCUUUUAUUUCAAGAGGAUCCAAUUUUACGUUGGAUGUUCCAGAAAGAGUAACUAAGAUCCUAAUAAUCCAGAACUCCCGUAAUUUUAGUCUCGACGAAAAUACUCACGUGACCUGUCCAGUCGGUAGCUAUAUCGACUUUGAAAAUGCGUCGCGUGUGGUGCCACGAGAAUAUACGAUAAAUAACUGCCCUCUUCAUAUCGAAUAUGUAACUUACGCUUGCACACAUUGUCCCGUCAGUACUUAUUCCUUAUUAAGAGGAUCAUUUCGAGGGAGAAAAAAAACAUUUAUAGAGUGUUUCCAAUGUCCGUUCGGCGGAAAUUGCGGCUUGUCUAAUAUUAAGAGCAAACGAACAUUUUGGGGCUAUAGGACAACCUUGCACCCAGAGCCUCAGCUUAACUUCACAAGAUGCCCUGAAAAAUACUGUAUUUAUCCCAAGUCCGGCAGACAUUAUACAGAGUUCAACUAUUGCAAUGGGAAUAGGACUGGAACCAUGUGUGGAUCGUGCAAGAAAGGAUUUACAGAAAGCAUGUUUAACCAUCACUGUCGACCAGCACGUCAAUGUAAAGAUAACUGGUUCUGGGUAUUUUCUGGUGUUUUUUCUCUUGCAAUGGCAUUGUACAUCAUUUAUCAGCCAUACAUAACUGGACUGCUUGUUAGGAAAAUUCUGUGGUUUAAAGAAGUCAAAACUGAUCAGACAAAACAUUCCCAGCACCAAGAUCAUGGAUAUUCUAAAAUUAUUUUCUUUUUCUAUCAAAUCGUCAUCUUAUUCCUCAUAGAUCCUGAGGUACUUGCCCGCCAACAUGUCAUAUUUUCAAUCGUCUCACUUUAUAACUUUGAGAUUGAAAUACUCGAUGCCUCUUCGGGAUGUCCCUUUCCUGGCCUAAAUGCUGUCACGAAAGAACUGUUUCGACCUCUUCAGGUUUUUGCAGCGAUGGCGGCGGUGCUUGCAGUCUACUUUGUUCAUCGACUUGUUUUCUUUAUAUCCAGGAAAACAAGGCCCUACUUUGCACCAUAUAUCGCAGCUAUUGUUGAGAUACUUCUAUUGGGAUAUGAAAGACUCGGACACACCUCUUUGGAACUCUUGAAUUGUACACCGUUGACCAUAGAUGACCGCGUUCAAUGGCGUCUGUUUGUGGAUGGUAACAUCACAUGUUGGGUGCAUUGGUGGCAGUACGCUUUAGUCGCCUACAACAUCAUCUUUGUUGUUCCAUUUCUUGUCGUACUGUGGAUAGGUACAUCUAAGCUGAGACGUCAACAGAUAAGUGCCUUGCAGUUCGUUGCAGCCUGUUUUGCACCUCUCCCAUUCCUAGUGUACUGGUUGGCCAAACGUUGUUUGAAAACAAAUUCAAGUAUUACUAAUAAGUACCAAGAAAUGCGGAAACAUAUUUUAGAAGUUAUGGAAGGCCCAUUCAGAUCUCCUGACAGCCAGUCAAGUGGUGCGUUGUUUUGGGAAAGCAUUUUGAUUGGUCGACGUUUAGUGUUUUUGAGUCUAGGCUUCCUUAUUCCAUCUCCAAUGUUUCGACUUCUUCCAAUGACCCUUGUAACCGUCGCAGUACUCGUUCACGAGGUAGUCGCAAUGCCGUAUAAAGAUAAGAAGGCCAAUAUUUUGUCUGUCUUAACGCUGUCAAUCACCGUCGUCAUAGCUACGAUCAACCUGUGCAAAUCUGCGCUUGUCUCGUUUGGCAUUUCACCCGAAGGAAGACCAAAGCUUCAUUUCUACAGAUUGCAAGUGCUUGAAGUCGUACUUCUGUGCGUUCUUCCUUGUGGGAUAAUAGCCCUUGUAAUUGCUGCUGUAUUUUCACAAGUUGUACGGUUAUUUAUAAAAGUUUAUAAAUCCGUCUCCUCUUUCUUCACAGCUAACGAAAAUGAAUGCACGUUUGAUGAAAUCCAUCGUGAAAUGGUUAAUCCAACAACAAAAUCCAUCAACACACCAUUGCUAGACGAUUGCGACAGCCAAUAGAAACAGAGAAGGGACUGGGACUUAGUCCACACUUCUAUGUUCAAACUUAAGCGGAUUGUUCUGAUCCAAAUAAUCCAAAUAAGCAUACCGACUAAACAAGUAAAUAGAAAUAUAAAAAACUGAUUAGAAGAGAGAUUAUAUAAAGCACAGACAUUAUUCUUGGCAGCGUUAAUUAAUGAUAAAUAAAAUUGAUGAUAAGGGUUCAUUUUAUUGCCAAUAAAUUAAUAUAAGAUUCCACGAGUUUUGAAAUGACUGAAAAUCCCUGUCACAAGAUAAAGCACAAAGACAUUAGCGAAAUCAUUAAGAAGCAGAAAUUUAAUUUUUGAAAAAUUUCUAGAAAUACAAAGAAUGUAUGUUUGGCUCGAAAAAUACUGGACCAUUUGGGUCGGUCAGUUCUUUGUGACUUUGUAAUUUUGGCUUGCUUUCAAUACCCAUAACUUCAAACAUCCUGAAUAUUUUGUUCUGGAAUAUCAAUAUUUAAGUAACAAUGUAAGAACUGUAGAACUCUCUAUUGUUCUGCGGCAUUGAAACUUCCCCACAUACAAAUGUCUUGGUUUUCACACUGAUUAUAUAUCAACCUAUAGGUA